AUGGUCUUGCCGAUCGUGGAGGAGAUUCGGCCGUUAGCAACUGGCCUCCCGGCACGGGCGCAGGCUGUCCCUAAAGGCUCUGGGCGAUGGAGGUUUGCUUCCAGAAGCUCGGACUGCGACCUACCAGACCACUACACGGAGCUGAAGGAGCAGGCAAUGUGCUCCUCGAUCGAAAUCAGCAAGCUGAAGGGGCAGACAUUCGAAACUGUGCCGAAUGGAAAGCUGAUGGCUGUCAACCAGAGAUGCAUGGUCUACGUCAUGAAAGACGGCUUUUUGCGGGUCAUCAACCAGAGCGGCAUCGAUCAUUUCAAGCUGGCGAAGUCCUCGAAGGCUCGGGUGCUCGACGUUGCACUGACCAGGGACGCAUCGGAAACGAAGGACAGCCGCGAGGAUUCCACCCACAUUCUGGUGUGCUUGGAUGAAGCCGGUUGCGUUACGGUCUUCUUUGUCGAGGCCUGCCGGCAAGCGCUGCCCGGCCGCCUGCAGCAGAUCGAAGUCAUGCUGAGCAGCUUGAAGCCAUGGCGGCUGGCCAUGCACCCAAAGGACAGCACUUGCUAUGUCACAGUGCACUCGACUGCCCUCCGACUCUGGGACGUCACGCGGCUGCGUGCGCAAUGCAGCGCCCACGGCCCCAGCGCGAAAGUCUUCUCAGACCCGGAAGACGCACAUUGCUGCGACGUGGCUCACUUGCCCAAGGUGACGGCCCAUAUGGGCGCCGAUCCGGAGAACCGGAUCCUCGACAUCUCCUUCACGGUUGAUGGCACCUGCAUUGCCGCCAUCACCAAGGACUGCCUCUUCGUGUGGCAGCUCGCCACCUUGGGGCGACAAGGACUUCGACUCAUCCAGCAGCUCACGAUCGACACGGCCACCACUCAGGUGCGGGACAUCUGGCCAGAUGGCCCUGCCUCCAUCCGUUUCUUGGCAGAGCGCCAACGCAGCGCGGAGGUCGAGGCAAUGGUACUGGCUGGGGCCGAUGGUUGCAAUCUGGCGGUCUACGCGUUCACCAGGGGCAGCACCCAGCCGGUCGGCCAGCUUUUGCAGCAUAUCUGCUUUGGCAACCCAGGCUCCGGCAUGAGGGCCGUGCUGGAGGUCGACACCAUCAUGCACACGACCCUGGCCUUGACAUUUGGCAAGCGCAGCUGCUCCGCGGUGCUGCCGUUGGCAACUCACUUUUCUUCGUCCUCAAGGAUCGCUUUUCCCUAUGUUCAGCGCUUCGUCCACGAACUGCCGGCAGACCACUUGGCCUUAAUGACUGCCCUGGACAACAAGAAUGCACGCACCCUGUUCCUGUACCGGAUCGUUCUCAGACGGCCGGAGCAGGGCGCUACUCAGAGCAAGCACGAAGUGAUGGUGCACACACCAGUGCCUCGCGAUCUGGUAGCUCCAGAGGAGGCCCCGGAGCUGGCCAGUCCCAGUCCCAGCAGCUCCAGCGACAAAGGUCCGCCGGAGGAGGCGGAUGAGCCGCCGGUGGUUGACGGCUGGGCGAAUGGCGCCCAGAGCGGAAGUGGCGCCGACGCCGAGGAUGCCGAAGGUUGA